GCCCCAUCAUUGGUGUCAGUGGGAAGAAUAGUGCCCCAUCAUUGGUGUCAUUGGUGUGGGAGGAAUAGUGCCCCAUCAUUGGUGUCAGUGGGAGGAAUAGUGCCCCCAUCAUUGGUAUCAGUGGGAGGAAUAGUGUCCCCCCAUUUUGGUGUCAGUGGGAGGAAUAGUGCCCCAUCAUUGGUGUCAGUGGGAGGAAUAGUGCCCCCAUCAUUGGUGUCAGUGGGAGGAAUAGUGCCCCAUCAUUGGUGUCAGUGGAAGGAAUAGUGCCCCAUCAUUGGUGUCAGUGGGAGGAAUAGUGCCCCAUCAUUGGUGUCAGUGGGAGGAAUAGUGCCCCAUCAUUGGUAUCAGUGGGAGGAAAUAGUGCCCCAUCAUUGGUAUCAGUGGGAGGAAUAGUGCCCCAACAUCAGUG